AUGAUCCUGAGAGGAACAGAUUGUUUCGGUGAUACUGAAUCUCUAAGACCUGAUGGUAAUGUGUUUGAAUUAGAACAACGGAGGAUAAAAUUUUCUACUGGAUAUGUUGAGGUAAAGCCUGAUAAAAGUCGUUCUGACACAUCAAAGACACAUGAGGACCUUUUGAGAUUAGUAAAUUUCUGUAAAGACACUCUUGACAACAAAGAUGUGAAGUCGAUGAUUGCUGUUCAAGCAGUAGGUAAGCCUGAAGUCAAAUACCAAUUUUUCUACAAUUUUGUU